UUUUUGGCUUUGAGUCUUUGACCAGUAGUCUCUCACGCCCAGUGAAGUGGAGUGGGCAGCACCGGCGCUCUCAUUGCGCCGACCUGCCUCUCCCAAAGGCAGGUUUUGGAAACUCUGCUCGACUGCUCAAUAUCAAACACCGCCAGAAGAAGUGAUCAAGAAUCGUUAUUUCGACAAGCAAAAAGGUUUUCUCUCCAACUCUCCCUUCGUUUUUCUCUCAUUCUCUCUGAAUCAAAUAUCAUGAGGGUCUUAGAUAGGUUCAGGCUCGCUAUCUUGCUAUCUGCGCCUUUUUCUCUGCCUUUCACAAGUCCACAAAAGUUCCCAUUUGGCCCAUUCAAUUCUUUCACACAAAAGAGGUUCAAGAAACCAGUAAUCUCUGCCCGAACUCGCUUGGAGGACAGAGUCAGAGACCCCAAGCUAGACAAGCUCAUUACCCGCCGCAAAAAGCUCAAAACCAUCCUCAAUCUCCACGGGUUAAUGUCAAACAGAAAACGUGGUCCUUUCGUUUCCGUACAGUUGAUGUCCCGGUGGAGGAACAUCGUUGGUCUAAACGUCGGUAUCAGCGCAUUUAUUCGCAAAUACCCACAUAUUUUCGAGGUGUUUAUGCACCCAAUUAGGAGGAAUUUAUGCUGUAGGAUUCGGCAAAAGAUGAGGGUUUUAAUUAGGGAGGAAGAGAAUGCUGUUAAAGAAUGGGAAUUGGAAGCGGUGCGGCGUGUGAAAAAGCUUUUGAUGAUGUCGGUUAAUGGUACUCUUCAUGUUCAUGCUUUGAGGUUGAUUAGAAGGGAAUUGGGUUUGCCCGAGGAUUUUCGGGACUCGAUUCUUGCAAAGCAUUCAGCUCAUUUUAGGUUAAUUGGUUUAGAAGUAGUGGAAUUGGUUGAUAGGGAUGAGAAUUUGGGAGUUGCCCAGGUUGAAACGUGGAGGGAGAAAGAGUAUAGAGAAAAGUGGUUGAGUGAGUUCGAGACUAAAUACGCAUUUCCUAUUUGUUUCCCAACUGGGUUUAAGAUCGAAGGAGGUUUCAGAGAUAAGUUGAAGAAUUGGCAAAGGCUCCCGUAUUUGAAGCCGUAUGAGAGGAAAGAAGUUGUUCGGGUUCGUACUUGCGGAGGGGUUGAGCGGUUUGAGAAGAGGGCAGUUGGGAUUCUUUGUGAGUUACUGAGCUUGACGGUGGAGAAGAUGGUUGAGGUUGAACGCAUAGCUCAUUUCCAGAGGGAUUUUGCCAUGGAUGUUAAUGUGCGCGAACUUCUUUUGAGGCACCCUGGAAUAUUUUACAUAUCUACCAAAGGAAGUACGCAAACAGUUUUUCUUAGAGAAGCAUAUGACAAAGGGUGUCUGAUUGAGCCUAACCCAAUAUAUAUUGUUCGAAGGAAAAUGUUGGACCUUGUCUUGCAAGGGUGCCGAAGUACAAGAAAAAUUGGAGCUGAGAAGGAAAUCAAGGAGGAGAGCAAUACUGUAGUUUGUACAGCAGAUGCUGGAGAGAGGAGAGAUGGAGACUGGGUCAUUCCAAUUUUAAAGAGUGUUGACAAUGGAAAUCCCUAUGAUGGUGUAGGUGAAAUCAGACAGUAAUUUGCAGAAGAGUUUACCGGAUACAAUGAGAAUGGAGGUAGUGAAAGUGAUGCUUGCAUUGGGGAUUGGGCCAAGUUAACCAUAUGAUGGUCAUAUGGUUAUAAUGAACAAGAUGAUGAAUCAUGUUAUUCACAAUAUUUCAGAUACAGUUGUGGAAUUGAAAAGAAUGCAAAGGAUUCCACUACCAUCAGGCCCUAUGACAUCCAGUCUGCGGUGAGGCGGGUGCUUACCGCCGAGCUAGCAAAACACACUGUAUCAGAAGGUACGAAAGCGGUUGUGAAACUUGAAGGCAAGUUUGAUGGCAACUCAAAAAAUAACAAGGACUCUUAAAUGUGAUUCUAGAAUUGGUAUUGGUAAUGAGUAGCAUGUAUCUUGUUUGCUAUCGACAAUAGCUUCUUCAGAAGUAGCAUGUAUCUUCUUUUCUUCUCUUUCCUUUUUUCCCCUCACUUACUUUUGACAAGCUUUGAUGGUUUACAGAUACCUGUAUCAAGAGUUAUGGAAUAGGGUUUAUGGCUUCUUAGUGCAUGUCAUUGUGAUCAGCUUUAUGCUCUUUUCCCCACGAUCACUAUUAUAGCCACUAGGUCAAUUUUUUUACUGAAGCACAGUCAUUUUGGCUGUUAAAUUCAAGGUUUAUGAGGUAUGCUGGUUGUGAUUGUUGAGCAUCACUUUUCAAUUCCAAGAGAAGUAAUACAGCUUAUCUAGGAAGUCACAGCAUAAGACCCUAGCCUACCUUAUUAAUGAGCUAGAUAACUGUACUGGAGACUCAACCUCCGUAGGACCUUGUGGUCAAAUCAAUUAAUCACUAAUUAGUACAUGUCAAUUUUGUGGCAUGAGGAGUUGUUUUAAAAAACAAAUAUACUGUUCCAAAUUAUUGUGGAUGAGACCUAUGGUUCUUCCAAAAUAUUUCCCCUAUCUGAUGUAUGAGAUGUAGAGGGAAAUGUUUCAGAAGUUUUGUGCUUUUGAGUAUUUUAUUUCUGUUCUAAAGGUUCAUGUUCUGUAUCUAUGCUUUUGUUUUUACU